AUGAAUUUCGUCAUCUUCAUAAUAGUGAUCCUCCUCCUGCUGCUGCUGCUCUCCUCCUCCUCCUCCUCCUCCUCCUCCUCCUCCUCCUCCUCCUCCUCCUCCUCGUCGUCGUCGUCGUCGUCAUCAUCAUCAUCUUGGCGUUCAUGGCCAGGAUUUCUUCAAACAUUGCGAUGUGUUAGAUGGCCUGGGAUGCCUUGUGUAGACUUCAGGACUCGGAGCAACCAACAUAAACUCCAUGCCUGUGAUGGCAAGUCCUAUAUAAUACCUGGGGGUCACAUAGUGCCUGGAAAUCCUGGCCAUGAACGCCAAGAUGAUGAUGAUGACGACGACGACGACGACGAGGAGGAGGAGGAGGAGAAGGAGGAGGAGGAGGAGGAGGAGGAGCAGCAGCAGCAGCAGGAGGAGGAUCACUAUUAUGAAGAUGACGAAAUUCAUGUUGAUAAUGAUAAAACGCAAGAAGGACCAGAAAAUAUUGGAGAACAUGAAUGA